UACUGAAAACAAAAGUAAAAAGACAUUUCAUACUACAUUACGUUCGAUGGUCCAAAAUUAUCACCACCCAAGAAUCUGGUUGCUUCUGGUAAUUUGGACAGAAAGUCACACAGACCAAGGUAUCCACAUGUACUGUAUACAAGUACCAUGUAACAUGUUAUUGCUGACACUAUCAUUCUAAUAAAUGUCCCAUCUGUUGGUUGGGGCACCGACAUGUUUCAUGUCAGGACAAUUGAUUUAUGCCAGUAUUAGUUCUUUAGCUUAGUGUAAGAACUCUUGCUGAUUGACAUGUUGAUAACAAUAGACAUUCUGUAAGGUUGAAAUCAAAUGUGUCGAGGUGAUAGUAUGUAACAAAUUACAAAAACAUUGCUAGCACGGGUGGGGUUCGAACCCACGCGGACAUACGUCCAUUGGAUCUUAAGUCCAACGCCUUAACCACUCGGCCACCGUGCUUCCGGUGAAGACGUGGGGUAAUUAAUUGUUUUGUUGUAGAUGAUUAUGUAUCGCCGUAGUAGUAUUAACGUUUUGACGUGAUGUCAAAGGAAUAUGUCGUGUUGAUUUACAAAAUGUAUAUCAGUGACUUUGGGGGAAAUCAGCGACUUUUACUCAAAACCAGAUCGUUUUUCGCCAUUUUACCAGAACUCCGAACUGCGUUCUCAGCGUCGCAACACUGAGAGCUGAUGUAAAUGCGCUGCAAAGAGCUCGCCUGACUUUCGUAAACUGACCCAAACAAAUGGUUACCAACAUGGCGGCAUCAUUGAGUUUAUGGACUUGGAGCAGUGAAGUUACCGAUGAUUAGCUCAUAAAGCUGAUUCGGAUAACCAAAAACACAAUUAUCAUCGAUAAGAUAAAAACUAACGGACCUUGUGCAACUAAACAGAUUCGUCUAACGGAUAUCUGCCUGAUCGGGCUGAUGUCUUCUUCAGAUCUUAAUUUGACAAGAACUAACACAGCAACAGAUAAUCACUAAUGUUCAGCCUCAUGGGAAACUGUGUAUCCUGUAUCAAGAAACGGCGCGAACCCAAAAGGCCAAUCACACUGGCUUUCUUGGGUCUCGACUGCGCUGGCAAAACAACAACAACGAAAGUACUGAUCGGAGAGCCAUAUGAUAAAGAUGUCGCCCCAACAGUCGGUUUCAACUCUGAAAAGUUCGUAUUUGACCAGUUCGACAUCACAAUGUAUGACCUUGGGGGUGGACCACAGAUUCGAGCCAUGUGGACAACGUAUCUCCCCGAGCUAUAUGGAGUGGUGUACAUUAUUGAUUCAACUGCAGGAGAGCGCCUUGAGGAAGUGAAGGAAAGUUUUCAGAAACUGAUAGAAAAUUACCACAUAUCAGGGAAGCCAGUAUUGGUGCUGGCCAACAAGCAGGACAAGGAAGAUGCUGUGGAUGAGGUGGACAUCUGUGAACAGCUUGAUCUCUCCACCUGGGUCAACCUUCACAAGACUCCUUGUAGAAUUGAAUCCUGUUCGGCUGUCAAGGGCACGGGACGCAAGAUGGACCCCGCAAUUAAAGAAGGAAUGCAGUGGCUGUGUGAUAUGAUUGAGAAGAACUUUGACUCCCUGAAGUCCAGGGUAGACAAGGAUGUAGCCGUGGAAAAGGAAAAAGAGAAAGUAGAGGCAGCUGCUCGGAGAGAACGUGUUCGCAAAAUACGAGAAGAGAGGGAACGCAAGGAGGAAGAGGAGAGGAAGAGGCUGGGUAUUGAGAAGGAGGAGAGUGAGGGGGAAGACUUCAUAGAUGGAGAUCCCUUCAAACGCGUCGAUGUAGAGAAACUCAAGGAAAAGGAAGCUAAGAUGAAGGAGGAGAAGAGACGUCUCAAAGAGCUGAAGGCUAAAGGUGAAGGUGACGUGACACUGACAAAAACUGAUGACCUUGAAGAAGCAGACUAUCUCCGAACACCUCGGUCAAACCGGCCAUUUGGGUUAGCUCCCCUUGGUGACAAAGCUGCGGAGGAUAGUGAUGAAUUAGUGAGUCCGUCCACAAACAGAUCACGCCGAGUCUUGCCCCCGCUACAGCAACCAUUGGGAACAAAGUUUAUGACGACAGUGCCGUCAAGAAGAAGAAGAAAAAGAAAGUUAAGCAAAAGAAUGCCUAUUCUGAAAACGCUGAGUAUGGAAGUGAAUAUUCUGCGACUGGAGAAGAAACAGCCAGGCUGGCCGAAUCACAAAAGACAUUGAGGUCUGUUUCGAAAAUCUCAGUGACAGCUAAAUCCUUUGGAGAUGAAAAUGGAGAUGAUAUUCGUACAUCUAGUCGUAAGUUAACUCCCCUUGAUGGUGAGGAAGGAGCAUAUACCCCGAAAGAAACAAAAC